GCCUGUGCAGGCCUUGAAGCAGCAUCUCAGCGGCAUUUGUGGUGUGCCGCGCUUUCGGCAACGGCUUCUCUGUGGGAGCAGCUGUCUGCAGGACGGCGAUCCUUUGGAGCCGAGCCUGGAGUUGCAACUCAUCUUCCUGCCCUACGCGAAGAGCACCCAAGAGCAGGUGCGAGUGCUGCGCUUGACCGCGGGACAGGGCUCGGCCGAGGAAGUGGAGCAGAUCCUGGGACGACCGCAGGAUCCUGAGGAGGUGGCUAUCGAAGAAGAGGACUUGUUUGGCGCACUCCCGUUUGGAUAUUUUGGUGCGGAGAUUGCGGAGACCCUGGCAGUCACGCCGCUCUUCGCAGCUGCAAAGAACGGCCAUAUAGCGGUCGUGCACCUUCUGCUUGAGGCCAGGGCUCACCCGGACAAAGGCUGCCGGCAAUGCACACCCCUGGUGAAGGCCUGCGCACAGGGCCACGCCGAAGUGGUUCAGACUCUGCUCCAGAGUGGUGCUGACAAGGACAGAUGUGGCGAAUCUGGCUACGGCAACGUUACUCCUCUCGCCAUCUCCUGCGAGCACAGACAGGAAGAGCUGGUUCGAAUACUCCUUGCUGCUCGUGCCGAGCCCGAUAAGUACGGGGACGUCGACGUCACACCACUGGCCCGAGCUAGUCGUCGUGGAUCGGUUGCAAUUGCAGGCAUGUUGCUGGCCGCCGGCGCCGAGAAGGACAAGGACAGCAAACAGACGUUCAAGUUGCGUUUCCAGGAGGAGAGAACAACUGGUUGGACCCCCCUUGUCGAGGCUGCUCAGCAUGGCCAUCUUGGAGUCGUGCGACUGCUUCUCGAAGCCAAGGCAGACAAGGACAAGCUGAGUCACGGCCGGACAGCACUAGUGAAAGCUUGCGAGUUCGGGCACGUCGGGGUCGCAAGCUUUCUGGUACAGGAGGGUGCUGAUGCAAACCGGGCCACCAACCACUGCACCGCCCUGUCCUGGGCGACUCGGUUGGGCCGGCUGGACUUGGCAGGCCUUCUCCUGGAGGCAGGCGCAUCCACGGGCGAGGACGGGGAAAAUCUGCCUCCGCUUUCCUGGGCCUGUCGGUUGGGCCACUUGGCGAUGACCUGCUUGCUGCUGGAAGCUCGGGCCGACGUGGAGCAGGGAUGCUUUAAGCCAUUGCUGGAAGCAUCCCAGAACGGAUAUCCGGAAAUCACGCGUGCGUUGCUGCAUGCCGGUGCUGACCCGAACGCUGGGAGCUUCAUUCCCCUGGUGGAAGCUUCUCACGAAGGCCACGCAGAAAUCGUGAAACAGCUGUUGGCAGCCAGGGCAGAUUCCUUGAAGCGGGGCCAGUCUGACCUGACUGCUCUGGAGAAGGCGACUCUCCGAGGCCAUCAGGAGAUUGUGGACUUGCUC